AUGGCCUUGUCGUUUGAGUAUGAUCGUAGCAUGGACAGAUCAACAUACAUGCAAGUAGUUUCCAAUAUUAGUAUAAAUUAUAAUUGUUAUUUCAUCUAUAUCUAUCUAUCUAUCUAUCUAUCUAUCUAUCUAUCUAUCUAUCUAUCUAUCUGCAUAUAUAUACACAAAGAGAUAGAGAUAGCAGCUGAUUUUCUUUCUUUCUUUCUUUCUUCUUAUCUAUCACAACCUUCUAUCUAUCUAUCUAUCUAUCUAUCUAUCUAUCUAUCUAUCUAUCUAUCUAUCUAUCUAUCUAUCUAUCUAUCUAUCCCAGUCUCUUAUCUAUCUAUCUAUCUAUCUAUCUAUCUAUCUAUCUAUCUAUAUUUAUAUAUAUACAUAGAUAUUUUCUCUUCCUAUCUAUCUAUCUAUCUAUCUAUCUAUCUAUCUAUCUAUCUAUCCUAUUCUUUCUUUCUCUUUAUCCUCUCUCUCUGUCUCUCUCUAUAUAUAUUCUGUCUUUUUUAUAUUCUCUCGCUUCUUAUCUAUCUAUCUAUCUAUCUAUCUAUCUAUCUAUCUAUCUAUCUAUCUAUCUAUCUAUCUAUCUGUCUGUCUACCUGUCUGUCUGUCUGUCUAUCUAGCUAUCUAAUAUUACAGAUAAAUAAAAAAAAUAGAGAUAUCUGA